CUUCCUGUUGCCUGGCUACAGACGCAACGAAACUGGACAAAAGGUUGGCAAUGCGCGAAAAUUGCAACGAUCAAGUAAAAAACAAGGCGAUUGUGAUCACGUCUGCUUGAGGAAAAACCUCUCUCUACAGACAUGUACUACAAAUAUGAGCAGCUUUUUUCUAGACCGUUCAUCACCCCCGGCUCUGACAUCCCAGAGAACCUCCUGAAUCUCUCUCACUCUUUUGGCUACGACUGUAGACGCAGAGCAAACUUGCAGCUGCUGGGAGACAGAACUCUGCUCUUUAUAGCUGGUCAGAUGGUCAUCCUGCUUGAUGUUCCCACCAAGCAGCAGAGAUACAUCCGCUCCUGCAGUGGCAGUGGAAUUGGCUCAAUUGGGGUACACCCAAGUCAAGAAUACUUUAUCGUUGCUGAGAAGGGAAAAAAGCCCAUUCUGCUAGUAUAUGAAUAUCCUUCAUUACAAGCAUACCGUAUUCUCAGAGAUGGUACAGAGCUUGCGUUCAGCUCUGUGAACUUUAACACUGAUGGGAGUCUUCUGGCCAGCCUGGGCAGUGCACCAGACUACAUGCUGACAGUGUGGAACUGGAGGCAGGAGGAGGUGUUGCUCAGGUGCAAAGCCAUUUCUCAGGAGGUUUACAAAGUGAGCUUCUCCCCAUACAACCCUGAACUACUGACAUCAUCAGGAUCCGGACACAUCAAGUUCUGGAAAAUGGCCAGCACAUUUACAGGUCUCAAACUGGAAGGACUUAUUGGCCAUUUUGGAAAAACCGCAGCUACAGAUAUUGAAGGCUACAUAGAACUUCCCGAUGGAAAGGUGGUGUCUGGCUCAAACUGGGGCAACCUGCUUCUGUGGAAUGGAAAUUCCAUUAAAGUGGAGCUCUGCAGCAAGGGAGGACAGUGUUGUCAUGCAGGGGUUGUCCAGCCUUUUGCCUUGGAGGAUGGACAACUGAUGACCAUUGGCUCUGAUGGAGUGAUUCGGGGCUGGGACUUAGAGACAAUCGACAAUGCAGACAGUAGCAGUGAAAGCAGCAAGUUCGAGAUGGAGCCAAUGAAUGAGAUGGUGGUUGGGCACCACGUAUGCCUCUCCUCAAUUGUGAAAAGCUCCCAGCCUGACUCAACUGUUUGGUUUGCUCAGGAUUCCAGUGGAGCUAUUUGGAAACUGGAUCUUUCAUUCACAUACACUACUCCUGAUCCAGAGUGUCUGUUAUCCUUCCACGCCGGACCAAUAAUGGGUCUUGAUGUGUCAAAGAAAGGUCAUCUCAUGGCCACUACUGCGCUGGACCGUUCAGUCCGAGUCUUUGACUUUCUGGCAAAAACAGAACUCAUCAGAAGCCGAUUCAGUCAGGGUGGAACUGCUGUGCACUGGGCCCCAACUUCAGUGAACCAUAGUGGAGGUUUAUUGGUGACAGGCUUUGAAGAUGGGGUGGUCCGCUUACUGGAGCUUUUUGACCCCAUAGGGCUGCACAACAACAAAGGAGGUGCCCACAUUCGACUCAAACAAGCCUUCAAACCUCAUAAUUCCCCUGUAACCUCUGUGGCAUUUGAGGGCAAUGGGAAAAUAUUAGCCACAGGGAGCUCAGAUUGCACUGUGUUCUUCUUUACUGUCGGAGAAAAAUAUGAGCCAAUCGGUUUUCUCCAUGUUCCCGGACCAGUACAGAUGCUGGAGUGGUCACCGCAUUCUCAUAAUGAAAACAGGUUGUUAAUCCUGUGUCAGAGUGGUCAUAUUGUGGAAGUACCUUGUCCUGAACACAAUAUCCUGAAGCCAAGAAAAUCCUACCAGCUGCUGGAACUGCCCAGAAGAUCCUUCUGCUUCAAGAGCAUCAAAUCUCGAAUCAAGAGAGAAGAGGAAAUAGCAAGACAACAAGCUUUCAAGGUGAAACAGCAGAAAGAGCAAGAGGAGCAUCAAGUCAUAGAAGAGGAGAAGCUGGAAGAGGAUUUACCCCCCAUCUUCAUCCCUAACCCUCGUAGUCCUCUUCACUGUGGUUUCUACUCACAGCCUGGCCAAUUUUGGCUCUCUAUGGGAGGGUUUGACUCAGGUUUCUUGUACCAUUGCAAGUUUUCUGAUAGUCGAGAUGAGGAGUACGACCAACGUCAAGAUGAGCCAUUUGACUUCCUGACUGUCGUGAAUGCUGAUGAUGACCCCAUUUGUUCAGUCACCUUCAACUCCAACAGGCAGCUGAUGCUAUGUGGCAUGCACUCGGGCUCCAUCAGAGUUUACCCUCUUGAUCCAGGCACCCAUACCCUAACCUCCAUGCGGGCAUACUGGGAAUUGAGCAUCCAUGACAGCAAUUAUGGACACCUGCGGCACAUCUGCUGCAGCUAUGAUGACCAGUUUGUGUUGACAGCAGGAGAUGACGGGAACAUCUUCUCCUUCAACCUGCUUCCUCAUGAGGAGCUGCAGAAAGGCCCGGAGAAAAAAAGGGCCAUGGUUCCUUCUCCAAGGGUCAGUCUUGAGUAUGAGGAUUUGGCUCAGGACAUUGAUGACCCGGCAGCCGACAGCAUAGAGAUGGUCAAACAGAAGUUGGAGAAAGACCAUCAGUCUCGGGAAGCUGAAAAGAAGAAAUCUGACAAGCGGAGAAGGCUAGCUGAGAUUCAGAAUACGUUCAAGAAACUGCUCAAGGACAACCUUGACCUACCAGAACAUUCCCGGCUGACACUUGCGGAGUUGCAGCUCGAUGAGUGUUUUCAAGAGCAGGCUGAGAGGGAGAAGAUGCGAAAAUUAAAAAAGAUCCAAGAACAGAUGAGCUGGGAAGAGCAACACUCCCAUAUAGCACUAAAAAUAAUACAGGACAGGUUCAAAGGCUAUUUGGAGACUAACAUAGUCACUGUGUUUGCCAUUGGCACAGACCACAGAGUCUCCACCUACCAUAUUCCAGCACUUCCUUCAGCGCAGGUCCAACAGCAGAGCAGUUAUAGCAAGUCCAGCAGCAAUGAAACUGCUCAAGUUGAACGCAGAAGAUCCAGAGAUCAAACUGUAAAAGACAGUAGUGAAACAGAUGAGGAAUAUGUGCCACACUCUCUGGUGACUCGAUCGUCUGGGAUAAAGCUGGCAGAUCGGCAGGUCGAGAGGCUCAGAAAGGCCGCAGAAAAAGCUGAACAGGCACGAGCCAAGAUUGAUAAGAGGAAGCAAGAAUGGGACAAAUUUUACACAGAGAAACCCAAGAAGAACUGUGAAGAUCCACGAGACGUACAAGCCAUCUGUGAAGCCAAGGAAAACAUUGGAGACUUGAAACUUAAAACAGACAAAAACCUCACUGUACCAAAACACUUACGAAUGAAUGCAGACAGAAAGAAAGCAGAGAUCACCGACCUGGAGAGCAAUAUACGUCAGAAACAGACUGAGAUGAACAGAGAGAUUGUGGCCUUGCGUGACUCCAAACGUCUCCUUUUAUCAAAACUGCGGGCUGAGGCUAAGCAGUUCCAGAGGGUCCAGAGUCUUCUGCCAUCCCAUCUCCUACGCCGUCCACCGCACCUACCCACUAUACAUCCAGAAGAAAUCCCAGACAAAAGGCUGCAAUGCACCCCCACCAUCCUCGAGAGGUACAGGGUGCUGAGGGACCAAAAGUUGCACUGCACAGAGAUGGAGGAUCAGGAGGGAGGCAUAAGUUUGCUAAACCAACUGGAAAAUGAGAUGGAAGAAAUGGAGGAAGGUGGAGAUAUGUCAGUUUUAUCUGCUGCCACUGAAGGGGAAGAAGAGGACACCCAAGGGGCAUGGCUGAGCAAGGAAGAGGAGAGCAAAUUGCUGCACAUGCAGGACUCUCUCCUGGAAAUGAUGGAGAGCAUUGUGCAUCAGUUUGAUAAGAAGCACCUGCUGUGCCUUCAGAAGGUACAGAUGUUGGACUGCAAGCUAAAGCUUGGCAACCUCCGUCAGCUGACACUCUAUCAGGAACUGCUUCUCCUCAAAGAGGUCGACAAGAGUGAGACGAGUCUGCAAGAGAAGCUUGACACACGUGUGAAGGAGGAGAACAACUUGAUGUGUAAGUUGGAGGAAUGUAAGAAAGAGCUGGAACUGAAGUAUAAAGACAUAACCAAGGUCCAGGAGAAGGAGAAGGCUAUAACAAAAGCUUUUCAGGCCUCGCUGGGUGACGACAACAAAUUUGAAGAGUAUCUGACAAAAGUUUUUAAAAGGAAAAUAAAACGUGGCAAGAAGAAGGAGCAGGCAGGUGAAGAAGAAGAGGACGAGGACGACUUUGACGAUUAUGAAAACUGGGAUGAGGAUGAUGAUUGGGAUGCAGUGGAGGGAGAAGCUGCUGGAGAGGAAUGCCCUCCUGGCUGUGAGCCAAAGCUGUUUGACCACAUACUGCAGCUCCGUGAACGUCGACUGGACCUGGAAGAACUGCUGAUAGAGGAGAAGAAGAGUGCUGAUGUUCUUGAGAAGGAAAGCGACUCCCUUGUUAAGAAGCUCAAACCAGUGAAAAUUGGUCGCAAGGCAGCAGAGGAUGACUUGGAGCGAGUCACCAGGGAGAAACAGCAGAAGAUGAACCAACUAGAUGUUGUGGUUCCUCUCAGAGCACACCAGAUUGAGUUCGAUAUUGCAGUCCAAAUGCCUGCCGACCUCAGCUCGGCAUUGUUACUCAACAGGACAGAGCUUGAACGUCUGCAGGAGCGAGUGAAGCAGUUGGAGGUUGAAAAGAACCAGCAGAGAGAAGUCUACAAUCAAGCCCGGCAGCAGCAUAUCAGGCUCAUUCAAGAACGCAAGGACAUGAACACUGAGAUCCAGUUGCUGCAGAAACGUUGCAACCAGCUAAUGAUGAGAAGGUUUGGGAGAGAGGUGGAUCUGGAAGUUCUGCAGACGCUGUCCGGUAACAGGACAGUUGAGGAGUUGAAGCAGGAAAAAAUUGUUCAAGAAGCUGCAUACGCCAAAGAAAUCAAACAAUGGGAUGUAAAAGUAGAAAAAGCUCGUGAGACUCUGAUGGAGAUGACAAGGAGCAACACAGAGCGACUCCUCUGCUUGAACAGUCUCUUUGAGCAGAAGAAGGAGCUGGCGCACAAACUCGAUGCAAGACAGAAGAAAAUUGGAAAGCAGCUUCAAGACUGCAGCAGGCGAACUGACAGGAAGGCAAUUUUGAGUCUUCAAGAGCUGGUGAGAAAGCAGGCCCAGCAGGUGGAGAAUCUCAGUAGAGAGAUCAGCCUUCUGUCCCAUAAAGGAGCGUACACCCUGCCAACCAGUCAGGCCAAGCUGCCUCCACUUGCUCCUUUGACCAACCCAACAGUUCAGAAACACAUAAGGAAAACAGGUACACCAAAUUUCAACAGCAGAGAAAGGAAGGCAUACAACUGAAUUAACAAAAGACUUAAGUCAUGAAAAGAGAAGAUUCCUCAGAAGGCCAUCAAGUGCCUACCCAUAUGUUGUCCGACUUAUAUUAUUUGCCACAUUAUUAAGAUUAAUAAUAAUAAUAGGUCGAAUCACCAAGUGAUCACAAUUUGUUUUCUCAUGUCAGAUCCUUUUCUGAAUUCAGAUUUCUGUAGUUGUUCUGAUUUGCAAUGUACACAGUGUGUCGGGAAUGUUAGAAAUUGGAUAGAUACUGUCAAAAGAAAUAUGUCCACAUAUUUAAGCACAAUAACUAGGUACUGUACUGUAGAUUUUUGAGAAUCUGUUAAGAUGUGGUCUUUGGCCUUUGAAAACGAUUUUUUGUUGUUGUUGCUGCUAUAGUACUGAAUUCAAUUUUGGGUUCAAACAAUAAAA